GCUCCCAUUAGUAUUUUGCCGUCAUUGUUGUUUGUUUUGAUACAGUUGUUAUCCACAAAAAGAAUUAUAGACGGUUGUCGUCAGAGUUGGAGGCGGAACUUUGAUGUGAGGGUUUGUUGCGAGUCGAGCAGAUUUUUUGUGGUCGUGACGCGGAGAUGGCAGCGCUUCGAGCGGCAUUGCAGGGGCGAUUUGUUCAGGCCUUCCUGUUUUCCUUCAAGUCACUGCGGCUUGCAAGUUCCUUCAAGGCAGCGGAUCUCAGCGUUGAACGCUGCACAGAAUGCAAGCCCAAGCCCGACCCCACCACCUUGGUGUUUGGCAAACAGUUCUCCGAUCACAUGCUGACCGUCAACUGGUCGCAGCAGAGUGGCUGGGAGGCGCCGGAGAUCAAACCCUUCCAGAACCUGUCGCUGCACCCCGCCAGCUCCGCCCUGCACUACUCCAUCGAGCUGUUUGAAGGAAUGAAGGCGUUCCGGGGCGUGGAUAACCACAUUCGUCUGUUCAGACCCAUGCUGAACAUGGAGAGGAUGCAUCGCUCCGCCGCCAGAAGCUGUCUCCCCUUGUUUGACAAAGCUGAGCUGCUGCAGUGCAUCAGGAAGCUGGUGGAGAUUGACCAGGAGUGGGUUCCUUACUCACUGGAUGCCAGCCUCUACAUCCGACCCACCUUCAUAGGAACUGAGCCCUCCCUUGGUGUGACUCGGGCAGGAAAGGCCAUGCUCUAUGUCAUUAUCGGCCCCGUGGGCCCCUACUUUGCCACAGGGUCCUUCAACCCCGUUUCUCUCCUGGCGGACCCGCAGUUUGUCAGAGCAUGGAAAGGAGGGGUCGGGGCCUAUAAGAUGGGAGGUAACUACGGUCCUACGAUCGCAGUGCAGAAUGAGGCUGUGUCCAGAGGCUGCCAGCAGGUCCUCUGGCUGUACGGAGAGCAGGAGGAGAUCACCGAGGUCGGAACCAUGAACCUCUUUAUCUACUGGACCAAUAAGGAAGGAGAGAAAGAGUUAGUGACCCCACCUCUGGAUGGCCUCAUUCUUCCCGGAGUCACCAGACAGUCUCUGCUGGACCUGGCCAGAACCUGGGGUGAAUUUAAGGUGACCGAGCGCACUGUGACCAUGAAGGAGAUGCUGGAGGCUCUGAAUGCCGGGAGAGUCCUGGAGGUGUUUGGAGCAGGAACCGCGUGCGUUGUCUGUCCCGUUGGCAGCCUCUUUUACCAGGAAAAGGUGUACCAGAUACCUACUAUGGAGAACGGACCAGACCUGGCCAUACGGUUCUACAAAGAACUUACUGAUAUUCAGUACGGGCGAACGCCAAGUGAUUGGGCACCAGUGGUCGUUUAGACGGCCAUUUGCACAUGCAAGAUGCAUCAACGGUUUGUCCACUGAGUUCAGUUUGGACAAACAGCAACACCACUUCAUCAUGACUAAUGCACUCCUACUAACUCUCUCCAGCCCGAGGAGACAGACGUUUGUCCACAUCGGUCCUCUCAGGCAGCUGUGGCUGAAGGUCUUUUCUCUGUGGACACUGAGGGGAAUCAGGUCAGUGAUUUGAACAUAGCCGUUCACUGUCGAGAACCAUUGCCGGGUCACGUCGCUGGACUGAGGUUCGUCUUAACAACGUUACAUUUACAAAUCACAGAACAAAACAGGAUGAAAAUGAUCAACAGAAUAGAGUCAUGAUGUUUUUUUUAUAUUUGUAUUAUUAAAUAUUUAAGUAGAGCGUUCUGCCUUCUUAAGGGGCACUCUGGGAUUUUUUCAACCUCUCUUCUAUUAGAUGUUUUUUUUUUUUUGGUUCAAUUUUCCAAUCUGGACAAAAAGCUUGAAUAUUGUUCCAGUAUUGAGCUAGGAUGCUAACAACGUCAAGAGCUAAACAGCUGUACAAUGUAAAGGUGAAAGCUGAAAAAUGCUUUAAAAAAAAACAUGCUCUGUACCUCUACUGAACACGCAAAAAUGUCGAUAGACGUGUUUGUUAGCAGGGAGACAUUCCUACAGAGGUACACGUGCAGGGUUGGGUAUUAAUGUAUUAUUUGUAUUCUGGAUUACAUAAUCACAAAAUUAGUAACUAUAGUUAGGCCAUAUUACAUUGAGAAAUUAUGUAACCAGAUUAUCGUUAUGGGGUCGAGGAUUACUUGAUUACAUUUUCAUGAUUAAAACAUAUUAAUUGUAAAACUGUGAAACAAAUGCCGUUAACUCAACCAGCAGUGAACUAGAACCAUGUAGCCGCUCGCAGUCAGGCUUUUUGUUUUGUUUGUUUGUUUGUUUGUUUGUUUUUUAAGGCUAAUUCCAAAUCCAUUUCUAAUGCUUUUGCAAUUCUAAUUGCAAUGCUUGGAAGUAGAAGAAGAAAAUCCUCACGAGAUGGAACACUCAAGCAACAGCAGCAGUCCGUCUGUGGUACGGGGGGGGGGUUCCAAAAUGUGCACCGGAAGAACUUAAAGAAUGAGUGCAGUUUGUGGCAAAGAUAUGUGUGUAUAUAAGGUACAAGGUUGUUUUAAUUUAUAGUACUAGAGCGCUUGGCAAAAUUCUCUUAUACCUGCAUUAAUGGUAAAUGUCCACCAGGUGGCAAUAUUGCUCCGUUUCAAGAACCUUGGGACUUGACAACCAUUCUUCAAAGAUAAUUUAUGAGAUUUAAAAGAAACAGUAACAUCUGUGGUUGUAUCCAUUUUUAGUAUAAUUUUAAGUGGAGUGGAGAGCUGUGGCACCAAACAAGAAGAAGGCUAAGCUAUAGUCACUGCCUGUACAGUCAUUUUAAAAGUUUUUUACAUUUAUUGUAAUAAACAUGCACAUGUACCUUCGUAGAGAUCCUCUACGUACUACCAGACACGUCUAGUGACCUUUUAGCUGACUCAAUGGCAUCAAUAAACAGGGAUGUUGCCCCAUAGGUUUACAUUCUACCGCUGUUUUAGCAUUCUAAACUGAUUCCACACCCAUGGUCAGUGUUUUGUUUUGAUUUGUCCUGAAUGGAAAAGUGUAAGCCAAAAACAUCUGCUAAUAUAAGCAACAGGUUGGUCCUUGUCGUGUCCCACAGCAGCCUGUGCUCAAGGUGCUUGAAAUGGAGCAGUAGGUCCAUCUGGUGGACAUUUAUGUUUAAUGUAGGCACAAUAGAGUUUCCCCAAGAGCGUUCAUCUAACAAUAAGGCCCAGGUUGAACAAUUCCAGAGUUCCCCUUUAAGUGCAGAAAAGUUUCAUUUGUAGCCUAAGAAAAUAAAUAAAUAAAUUAAGGUAUAACAGUAGAAAUAUUUAAAAUACUAAAACAUCUCAUGGAAUUUCACAUGAAUUUACACAAUACUAAGAAUCUGUUAUUAUCUGUGCUAUUAGGAACAAAGUGUCACGUUUCCUCGCAACAUGUUAGAAAACCUGUCAAAAUGUAUGUGUGUUACCAUCGUGUGUGUAACGACCUGAGAACUUAAAUGUAACUGGAGUCGUGUUACUUUGAUACAAGAUGUGAAGUUGGGACUGUUGCUGGAGUACGCCUGUUUCUCUUCUUUUUAUGUUUAAUUUGCAGAAAUAAAAACAGCUAACAUCUGAAGUCAGACUUGAGGUUAACAAGGCAGGUCGUGCACGAAAAGGUGUGUGACAGGAAGCUGUACUGGUUUGUUUUGAAUCACUAUCAAAGAAACGGCGACAUCGUCGUCGUUUAGGGUUUUAAUUUGUGUGUGUGUGUGUUUUUUUUUUCUCUUUGUUGUGUUGGUAGUGAAUUGGACCGACUGUCUUCCAAACUGUUUGUGUUCUGCGUGUUGUUCACUGUAAACUUCCCCGGUUGCUUUUCCUCCCAAAUGUACCCAAUCGUUGUAAUAUUUCACACGGUGUCGCCGCCACAGUUUGUGCCUGAGUGGAUUAGCUCAUCCUGUGGAUCCUGAAGCUGGGUUUUUGUGCACUAGGGGUGAAUGCUGGAUUCUUUUAAGUCAGUGGUUCCCAAACGUAUUCCUGCCAGACUUCAUUAAAUUCCAGUUUUGAAUCAGCUGUACUUAGAAAUCCAGGGUUUUAUUAGUAUGAUUCUUUUUCUUCUUCUUAUUAUUAUUAAUGUGGCAGUUUUUAGACACCAAACAUUCUACAUUAAACAGCAAACCUGCGAGUGGACCUGAUGCACUUUUGGCGCGUUUGUACGACGAGAAUCUCGAUUGCAUUUGACAUGUUAUUUCUUCCUCACGUGAAACUGUUCAGGUUUUUGCUGCCUCACGUUUUUGUCGUUUUGGGAACCGCUGCUUCAAGCUGAUGCGAGUUUAGUUUUUAAGGUGCUGUUACGUUCUCUGUUGUUACAUUGUUUUUCAAUAAACCUGAUCUCUUGUUACUGCCAA